AUGUCCGACUACGGUGAUGAUGGCGGCUAUGGCCAAGACGAGCCUGAUGAUACCUUCUACGAGCCUGACGAGAAUGUAGAGGAAUUUGCGCCCGAUGCGGAGAUUGAUGAGCAGGCCAUCGAAGCACGAGCAGUUGUGGAUGAGGGCGAGGAGAGAACUGUCGUGUCUGGGGACCCAAAUCAAAAUGUCCAGAAGCCAUCGAGCGAUGCCGACAAAAAGAUCCCCGAUGACAAGAGAACUACUACUCCUUACAUGACGAAAUAUGAGCGGGCACGAGUUUUGGGCACGAGGGCUUUGCAGAUCAGCAUGAAUGCUCCUAUUUUGGUCGACCUGGAGGGUGAAACUGAUCCCCUUCAAAUUGCCAUCAAAGAAUUGAACCAGAAAAAAAUUCCACUGGUAAUCCGUCGAUAUCUACCGGAUGGAUGGUACGAGGAUUGGACUUGCGAAGAACUUCUAUGA